AUGGAUUAAAAUUCUAAUUAUUUUUUCAAUUCUGCUUUAAAAGAUGAAACAGAAUUUUGGAAUAGAAAUUUUCAUGUCUUAUUGAAUAGUCAUGAAAAUUUUGAAAUUCAAAACGAUAAUUGUACUAGUUUUUAUAAGAGAAGCAAGAUUCUUAAAAAAUGGAUACCUCGACUUUAUUCUGUUCAAAGCAAUUAUUUAUUGUAUGGUGAUAGAGUAAUAUUAUAUCAUUAUCAAGAAUCUGAAAGGUUUUAGAAGACUAGAUUGCGUUUAUUUAAUAUCUGAGGUAGUAGAAGGUCCAUAUAAAUAUAAAUUACAGUUGAUUUAUUGUGGAUUUGUUUUAGAAUUGUAUACUGAUCAAAAGAAGGAUUUUGAGAGUUUUAAAGAGAUUCUCUAAUCUUAAUGUAUACUAACAGAUUUUCAUUCUUAAUACACCUUGUUAAGACAGAUUGGAUUUGGAUCUAGUGCUUAAGUAAAAUAAAUAUAUAAAUAUAGGUUUAUAUUGCUAGAAGUAAUCAAAAUCAGUAACUUUAUGCAAUUAAAAGAGUUCAAAAAAAUUAUUCAGUCAAAUAAAAAAAAUUCGAGUAAGAAUAAGCCUUGCAUAAUGAAAUUCAAAUAAUGAAAGAACUGAACCACCCCAAUAUCAUAUCUUUCUAUUCUGUGUUUGAGACGAAUAGUACUUAUUAAAACUAUGUUUUUAAAGAAAAUAUUAAUAUUGUUUUAGAAUUAAUCUAAGGAGGAGAGUUACUUAAAUAAGGAUAAUACAAAAGCAUAAGAGAUGCAAGAAUUGUGGCAAAGUAAUUAGCUUUAUGUUUGGAUUAUAUGCAUUAGAAAGGAAUAAUGCAUAGAGAUUUGAAACCGUAGAACAUAUUAUGUAAAUCUAACAGUCUUGAUGUAUUAAUUGCUGAUUUUGGAUUGGCAACAUACAUAAAGGAGUAAAAAUAGUAAUAUUAUCGUUGUGGAACAACUGGUUAUGUUGCUCCUGAAGUAUUAUUAUAUAAAGAAGGCUCUAAAAUGUACAAUGAAAAAUGUGAUAUCUUUAGUUUAGGGGUCAUUUUCUAUUAAUUGUAAAAAUUGAAAUUUAUAAAGGAUUUUCAAUACUCAUCCAUUCAAAGAUAGUACUAAAGCUGGAAUGUUAAAAAGAAAUUUAGUUGCUGAUUAUAAAUUGGAUGAUUAAACUAAAGUUCCUUAAAGUUGUAAGGAUCUUAUAGCUUCUAUGUUAAGGUUAAAUCCAAAAUAAAGACCUUCUGCAUCUUAAAUCUUAAGACAUGAUUUCUUUAAUGAAGCAUUAAAUGAAUUAUCUUAUCCAAGUUUAAUUGGAUCAGUUCAAGAGUAAUAUUUAUAUAUAUUUUAAUUUUAGUAUAAGUGAUAAUAGGAAAUCAGGAUAAUCUUUUAAUUCUUAAAUAGGGGAAUUAAAAUUAUCAACAUUCUAGAAAAAUGGAUAGGCUUCUAUUUUCGAAAAAAUGCCCAUGAAUAAUGUUAAAUCAGCUAAUUAAAGCAUGGAAUUUAAAGAAUUAUCACCAUUAUGGAAUAAAAGAAUUACUUUAUAAUUACCUAUAACUUAACCUAGAUCAAAAGCUUAAUCUCUGUAUUCGAAUAAAAAUUUAGAUAAUCGAGGAUAAAAGGUAUCUAUUUUUCGAUAAUAAUCUAAAAAUUCAGAAAAUGAUAUUGAAUAACAUUAAUAUCCAUAUUAAACCAUCAUCAAUAGAUGUACUAUUAAAAACAAAUGA